CGGUACACAGCUAUCUAUGUAUAUCCCCGCAGGGGAACAGAAGGCUAACUUGGGAAGCCGGAGACGACACCGCAGACCAUUCAGGUCCGAUCGGCCUUCUUCCCGAGAAUAUUAAUAUUGAUCCUUCUGCGCUUACUUGUACCGCAGGUUCUUCCGGAACUCCGGUUGACAGCGCUUAUCAUUACGCACACGACUGCUGUCACAGAUCUGUCAACUUGUUACGAUGUCCGCACAUGUUGUUCAUUCUAUUUAUGGCUACUUUUGCGGAUUGAGGGAUCGUCUGAAUUGUGCCUCCAAGCGACGGUCAGAAGAUCAUGCGGCCUGAAUCGAGAGUAACAGGCCAUCUUCCCACGCUGCCUUCCGGAGCAGGGAGGUCAAGCGCAACAUUCUCCAAGAAACAUUUAAAAAUGUGACAAUUUUGUUUUCUGUUGGACUUUUGUCGCAAAUUCCCUACCUGUUUCAAUUCCCAAAUUAUUCUUUCUUCGACCGUCCGACUGGCGACUCUGUUCGAAUUUAUCGACUGCAUGCCACCUGCGAAGUUUCGUGGUCUUUCCGACACUCUCGGGACUUUGUUCCAGAACGACUCUUUCAAGUUCGAGAUGGUUGGCCUUACGCCUGAGAACAAGCACUACAACCUCCAAAUCAAGCGAGUCGAUGGCGAAGACCACGUACUGGCGUUCAUAAUCGCGCCGCGCACUGCGUACGCAACGCCAAGCGAGUUCCGUCGCGCACUCAAGCAAUCUGGACGUGAGGGCGGUCACAAAACUGAGCUGGCUAACGGAACGCUUCCUUUUCCGACCAGGGCCAUGAUCGAUGUCAUAAUCCAACCUCACGGCUUCAUACCACCGUGUUCUGUUUAAACAGGUAAAACACUGGUAACAUAAGGAGCCGCGUCUUGGGGCUGUGGAAUUCCUGCUGUUAUAUGUAUGUAAUUUGUACUGUGCCCAAGCGGGAUGUAGACGUGUAAUCC